ACUCAAAGUACUCCAUCCCAAAAAAUUCGAACUUUAAAUUGCAUUCAGACAUCAACCAGCUGUUGAGAGACAGAGAGAGAUGGGCGCUUCUUCUUCAGUCCCAGAAAAGUCCAUACACGAAUUCACUCUCAAGGACAACAAAGGUAAUGAUGUCAACUUGAGUAGCUAUAAGGGGAAAGUCUCGCUUGUUGUUAAUGUUGCUUCCAAAUGUGGGUUCACGAAUUCGAAUUAUACCCAAUUGACUGAGCUUCACUUGAAAUACAAGGAUAAAGGUUUCGAGAUAUUGGCAUUCCCGUGCAACCAGUUCUUGAAUCAAGAACCUGGAAUAAGCCAAGAUGCAGAACAAUUUGCUUGCUCCAGAUUCAAAGCUGAGUAUCCCAUUUUCCAGAAGGUAUAACUUGAUUUCAUUUGGCUAUGGUUAUGCCCUAUUGGGAUUUUCCCUGUCUUUUUUAUUCAAGUGUAUAGGAAGUUGUUGAUCAUUGGCAGAUGUAGGAUAUAACUUUGUCAAAAUUAGAAAAUUUCAGAAUAAAAAAAUCAUAAGCCAAGUGUUUUAUUCGAAGGAUCGUUUUUGUUAAAUAUCUAGGCACAGUUUCGGAAUGGAAUAGUUCAGUUCGGAAUAAUGGCUAUAUAAAGUGAAAUAUCUUUCUCGGAUCCUCAUCCUAGUAUUCAAAUCCAAAAUUAGGAGAAUUUAUAAGGUGGUUGAGAGCUGAGUUUAGUAGAUUAGUAGAGUAAUUCAAAAAAAUAAAGGAAAAAUAAACAAUUAGGAAACAGUUACUUAGCUCCACAAGAGUGGUUUAUAUACCAAUGCUGUUAGCAGUUGUUGACCUGAUAAAGCAUCAUCUGCUUUUUUGUUUGUGAUCCGGGAUAAAUAUUUCUGCAUCUCAAAGCUAUAUUGCUAUAUUGUUUCAAGCAUUAUAGAUGAAAGGAAGUGUAGGUGUGUAGUUAAAAGCUUGUGUUUAUUGCGCUAGAAACUUGUUGUAUGGACAUUAAACAAUAUGAAUAUGUAAAGCUUUUACCAACAUAAGCCUAAUGGCUAAUAUUAUAAAAAAACAAUGACUUGUUUUGGGUGUUUUUUUGUGGAUGACUAUUUGGGCAAAUGAUGUGCUAAUGUUGUCUUAAAUG